UCUCGAAUAAGUGAGGAACGAAGAAAGCUCCAAAAUUACUCAAAUACCCCUCUAUAAGUCUCACAAUUACCAAACCUUCAUUUCAUCUAUAUAUAAGCUAUCCUUCAACAAAUUUUCUGCUCAUCGUCUUUCUUGAGAUCUAUAUAUGCAAGAUUUUCUGUAUCUAUAUCCCAUCUGUAUUUUGUUUAGGCUGUCUGCGUUGGAUAGCAAACUCUGUGAGAAAGGUUGUUGUAGCUGUGUAAGGCUGCUGGCUUUAUUUGUAAUAUCUUGUAAGGAAACGCGGGUCUGUUGGAACUCGAAGUUGCUUCUUAAUUUGUUACAUUUACCGGAGAUAAAGAGUAAUGUCUAGUUCGGGGAAUGAAGAGAUGAGUAAAUAUUAUGCGACUAUACCUAUCAAGAAAAGGAAGUUUCCGAUGGUUCGAUAUUCUCCACCCCCUCCGGAUGAGCGGUCUUGCCUUCCUGUCGAAAGUGUUCAAAAUAAUUUAGUGGGUGAUAAUAGUUCUAGCUGUUGUCAGGAAUCGUCUGUUCUGAGUGCUGAUGUUGGAACAAGCUCCAAUGCAGAUAAGAAGUCGGUGUUGGAAAUUAAAAGGGAAAUCGCCAUUAAUAUGAUUGUUAAUUCGAUGGGAGCGAAUGCAGAUCGUUUUACUGGUAAAGCUAAGGCACCUACUGUUCAUUGUGACCCUCUGGACACUGUUGACAGACAAGAGAACGUUUUACUAUCUAGGGACCAGAAAAUGAAAGAGGUUCUUAAGGUUGAUCUGCCUCCUAAUGAAGCUCCUGUUCCACUUGUGGUAAAGAAGGAAGUGGUUAAUAAACUUGAUGAUAGUUGUACACCUGGAAUUUUUAGGAUGCCAGAGACCGUCCAAAUGUUUUUAGGGACUAAUGAACCCCGUCCCGCAUCGAUGAUUGGUCUGAAUGGUGAUGACUUCAAGCAGGAUCUUGAUAAAUCAUAUUAUACGUCAUUUUGCCUCUCUAUAAAUCAGGAUAAGUUGCUUGAUGAAUGCAAAAGUGAUGAUGUUAAGUCCCAGGUUGCUAGCCCUCUUGUCCAUGCUGAUAGGUUGAAAUGGGACCUCAAUACCACAAUGGAUGAUUGGGAAGGUCCUGGUGGUGAUGGUGCUACUCCAGAACCUGUGUUUAAUAGUGAAGCAACUAAGAAGGCUGAUAUAAAUUGUCCGGAACCUGUAAUAAGCUCAAGUGGAAUACUUGGUAAUAUAUCUGAUGCACUUGAAGCAAAGAAGAAGGCUGACAUCAAUUCUCUGGAACCUGUUAUAAGUUCAAGUGGAGUACUUGGUAAUAUACCUUGUGCGCCUGAUGCUGGAAAACAGUUUCGUGGAGAAACUGACUCCAUUUGUAUGCCAUCUUCAAAGCCUAGUCGGCAAUACAGAUAUGACAACUCCCUUCAACCAGGCUCGUCUACAUUAAUGAAUCCAAAUUUCGAAGGGGAACCCUUAGCUUCACUAGUUAAAGUAGAUUCAUGCAGGAUUCCAGUCAACUCAAAUACGACUAAUGUGUUGGUUUUUGCUGGAAACUCUACUUCUGUUGGUAAUGACACAGUAAAAUCUGAACCUUAUAUUGAAAUUGUUAAACCUGAUUGUUUGGGGAACAAAUGCGAUACCAUGGAUUUACCUGGAUUAGUAGACAAGGAUAUGUUAGAAAGAUGCAGUUUAAAAGCUGUAAAUUUCGUAACUGCUGACCGUGAUGAUGUAAUUGAACCUAGAUCCAUCAAAUCUGAACCAGUUCUGGGUAUUCAAGGAGCAGAUGUUAUACCUUGCGCGUCAGUUGAAAAAGUUGUUCAGUUUCAGGUUAAUGUUUCUUCCACAAGUUCUUCAGGUUUACAUACUUGUCCAGUGCAAUUGAAAAGUGGGGGUGCAACAAGUCAGUUUGAAGUUUCCAUUCAUAGAGAAGAAGUACAAUUGGGAACACACACAACUUUGGGAACCUCUAAAAUUGUUGAUCAUGUUACUGCAGAUAUGGAUCUCUUAUCACAUGGUGAUGUACAUAGGCAAUAUUACAGUGGUCCAGAGGAUGCAAAGAGUUACGAACCUCUGGAUCCCUGUGGAGAUGCUGGGAAUACUAUAAGCGAUAAGGAAAUCAAUAAUGUGUCGGCUGUUAUGUUGGAAGAGUUUUUUUGUCAGUCUAAUCGCAAAGCUGAGAUUACUAAUGACAAUGUUGUUCAUGUGUACUUAAGAGGUAGCCAUGAUAGCAGUAAAGGUAACAACUGUGAAGAUUGUGAGCUUACAGCAUCAGACUUGCAGAAAGAAAACAGAAAGGAAGAAAAUUUUGUUGUCAACAACUAUGAUGGUAAACUUUCAUCAGCUUUUUCCGAGGAUGAUGGUAAUACUGCCAGAAUCCCUUAUUGGAGUGAUGGUUAUGUUGAGGAUCAGGGGGAAACAAGUGAUGAUCAUAUCAAAGAAUGUGUGAAUUCUGCCCAAGAAAGUGGUCAGAUGACAAGUAGAGGUCAUUAUUUGCAGGAAAUCGAUCAAUAUAUGGAUAGAGACAGUUCUUUUCAGGAAUCAUCAACAAUUGAAUCUGAAGCCACUAAGAUGGCAAUAAAUGUAACACAGAACAUAUCAUAUGAUCUUUCAAGGAGUGAUGUUCAGAUGGGUCAUGACAGAAAUAAAUUGUCUGUUGGGGGAAUUAAUGAAGGUCAAGGGAUUGAAACUAACUUCAGUCAGAUGAAAGAUGUAAGGUUGACACAAACAAAUAAGUUGCAGGAAGUUGAUCCAACUUUACUAAAGCCAGAAUCGUCUAUUACUGUUAAUGAUGCUGCUACUGCUUCCAACAGUGGUGGUAACCAGAACCGGAUCAUAAACUUACCUCGAGGUUCUAAUAUGACUUCCCCUUGCAUGCCUAGAUAUGUAACAGAUAGAUCAUUGCUAUCAACAAGGGAAAGAUAUGCUGAUGAAGAUGAGACAGUAAUUCUACAAAGAAAUAGGGUUGACAAUUAUGCUGAUGACCCACGGAGAUUUAGAAGGGACAGGUUUCAAACUCAGCCGUACAGAAAUCCCAGAAUAGGUCAGAUACGUGGAAGAGGAAGAGGGAGAGGUUUCAGGCAAAGGGAUGAAUGGAAGUUUGAUUAUAACUCUGGUGCUGACAAUUAUGACUGUCCACCUGAUUAUCGAGUUCCCAGACAUAAACGUGCAUCUAGUGGUGGUAAUGCACAGGUUGAAGAUAAUAAUUACCAUAUUAGUCAUAGUAGGGUUUUAGGCAGAGGUAGGGGAGGAAUAAGACCAAGCAGAGAUGUAUUGCCUUCAUUUUGUCAUCCAUCCUCAAGAAGGUUCUCUACUAGAGAUGGGGAUGUUACUAGGACAAGGGGUAUUCAAAUAGUGCGAAGAUUUCCGGGGAAUGUUUUCUCAAAUAGAUGUUCGGAUGAAGAUGAAUUUAGGCAUGAUGAGAAGUUCACUAGGGAUUUCCCUGAAGAUCAUACUGGUCCCAUAUUUAAUCCCUCUCGGCCAGCUUACCAAAAAUUUGAUAGUCGGUUUGCCCGGGGAAAUAGAAAUUUACCUAACAUCCCGAGAAGGGCCCCUCCUCGAAUAAGGUCAAAAUCCCCAGUAAGAUUUGAAGCACAUCAGAAUGGUCCCUGGUCAUCCCCGGAAAGAGGAUCUCCUGAUGGUCGUCGUUUUGCCAGAAGGUGUGUCUCUCCUUCUUAUGUGGUCCGGUCUUCCCACCAUUUCUUAGACAUGGAAUCUGAAAGGAUGGAUCGACCUAGGUCUGCUAAUUCUGAUCUGCGAAGCCCAUCUAAUCGUAUUGUAGCAAGAAAUACUAGAACACUUAAUACUAUAGAUCCGGACGAUGACGAAUUUGGUGGCCCCAUUAAUUCUGGUAGGUUUCAAGACCUUAAUGCUGAUAGGAAGGGUGACGAGAGAAGAAAGGGUGGUGAUAGAUGUAAUAACAUUCGUUCUUUUUGUCAACUUUUUGAUGCCGAUGGUGGAAAUUUACAAUUUAACUCUGAUGAUAGACCCAGGCCUAUCAGGUUCAGUACAGAAGAUGGUUCAGAGCUCAAUGAAAGAGGUAGCUCAAGGAAAAGGGACUUUGAGAGGAGGAUCAAGAUCAGACCUGGAAUAGCCCAAAGCAGAAUGAGAGACCUAGACGAGGAGGAAGCGAACUACCGAGAAAAUAAGAAGGUUUGGCAUGAUGACGUGUUCGAUGAUACCUCUAGAAUGAAACGAAGAUUAUAACUUAGUUCUCUCUACUACUGUGAAGUGUGAAUUCAUGAUGAGAAAAGCUGUCAUUUGAUAGAAUUGAUAUUGCAUCAUUUUGUUUGCAUCAAAGUGCCUAAUAGUAUUGUGUGAAUGAUGAUAUAGGAAUCUAUAGGUAGGCCUAAAAUUACGGGAACGAAGUACGCUUAAAUGUUGGAGCUGCACUCGAGAACCUGUCAUAUAAGAUUGUUCAAGUUAUUUACAUUGUUGGUCACAUAAAUUUUGAAUAUGAUCUUUGGGCAAAGAGGCAGACAUUGUUUUUUCA